UCUAACACAAGGGACUUCUGGGAUGCUGGCGGAAUGUUUGAGGAGGUCUCGGGCGACCCAGGUGUUGCAACAACGUCCCCAGGUCUUUAGCACCGUUAUCAACUGAUUAUUAUAACACAUCAGCCUUAACUGGGCUCAAGCCUUUUUUGUUAGGCCUAUCAGAAUUUGAGUUUGACAAAUUAUUUGUGCCCUUGGUCUGUUCAUAGUGACUGUAGAGCUGAGAAGUACAGUACUCAAGAAGUUGGUCGGCGUUGGGCAACUUCAAAAGUUUGAUUUAGCUACAAUGAAAGCAAGGACUGUAUUUUUUCUACUCUCGCUCGCUGCAAUAGUUUUUGUUGGGGCACAAGACAGCGAAACUGAACAAAAUGUUGUGGAAGAAUUAUUGGUGGAGACCUUGGUGAAACCCGAAAUAUGUUCUGUGUUGUCAGAAAUGGGAGAUACGCUUCAAAUCCACUACACGGGUAAACUGAUGGAUGGCAAAGUGAUUGACUCAUCACUGUCCCGGGACCCCCUUGUUGUUGAGUUAGGGAAGAGGACUGUCAUCCCUGGUUUGGAGCAGAGCCUGGUGGGCGUUUGUGAAGGACAAAAAGUCAAGGCCACUAUUCCAUCUCAUCUUGCCUAUGGAAAAAGAGGAUACCCUCCCACUAUACCUGGUGAUGCUACACUAGAUUUUGAGGUGGAGGUAGUCUCCUUGACCCAGCAAACUCCAUGGCAGAAAAUGGUGAAUGAUGUGUUCCCCCUGGUGUGUCUGGGCCUGGUGCCUACACUGCUAGGCUUGGUGGGGCUUUACCUCUAUAACAAGGCCAAAACCCCGCGACCCAGUAAGAAGAAAGCCAAGGACAAGAAGAGCAAGAAGAAAUAAAGCAAAAUAGGAAUAUUAUUUAAAUAUUAAAAAAGGCACAGACGCUCCAGAAGAACUUUGUUGUAACGGUGCCAGAAGAGCUCUAAAUCAGAGUAGUUCUGCAUUGCCUGGAAAA